AAUACAUUUUAGGAUCAGAAGUGAUCACAAUAAAAUCCUGUUAAAUUAUGUACCUUCAUUGCUCUUGCCUUAUAUAAUUCCAACUGUUCUCGUUUUAAACUAAAAUAUAAAAAAUCUGUUUGUAAUUCAAAUGUUUUAUGUGCAUAUCGAUAUUACGUGCACGUGAAUUUUCGUGAAUAUUUUUAAUUAUUAGAUCAUGAUUGUUUAGGACUUCUUUUUUGAAGACAUUCAAUAUUUAUGUCUUCAAAUCUGUUUGUUUAAAAAUAAUAACAUUUAUGUAACGACACACUAUCUGCAUGAUAGUAUUGUGACAAGAGCGAUUAGACUGAGGUUGACUAAAAUGGAAGAAGAACAAUGUUUACACGAGUGUGAAAACUACAUUCAAAGUCAUAAUAUAUCGUUACUAUUCAAAGAUUGUAUAGUGCAGUUAUGUGUAAACAAACCAGAAAAUCCAGUGUCUUUUUUGAGACAGUAUUUCCAAAAAUUAGAAAGGGAGCAAGUUAAAGCAGCUCAAGCUGCAGCUGCUGCAUUAGAAGGGGAAGCUGAUGGAGAGUUAUCACCUCUGCCAGUGCCCGUGGGACAGCCACCAAGGAGACGCGGUGGCAUCAGUGCUGAACCAGUGACUGAAGAAGAUGCAACCAGCUACGUCAAAAAGGUGGUGCCAAAAGAUUACAAAACUACUGGUGCUCUUUCGCGUGCUAUUGCUUCAAAUGUUUUGUUUACCCACUUGGAUGAAUCAGAACGAGCCGAUAUGUUCGACGCCAUGUUUCCAGUACAGUGUCUUCCUGACGAAACCGUCAUCAGACAGGGGGAUGAGGGAGAUAAUUUUUACAUAAUUGAUUCAGGAGAAGUUGAAGUCUUAGUGAAUGGAGAACCUGUUACUACUAUAGGAGAAGGAGGUAGCUUUGGUGAAUUGGCUUUAAUAUAUGGGACGCCGCGAGCAGCCACAGUUCGCGCCCGAACGCCACUGAAGCUCUGGGGUUUAGAUAGAGACUCCUAUCGCCGCAUACUAAUGGGAUCCACUAUAAGAAAACGUCGUAUGUAUGACGAAUUCUUAUCGCGUGUGUCAAUAUUAGAGAGUCUAGAAAAAUGGGAACGCUUAACUGUAGCAGAUGCCUUAGAACCUGUAUCAUUUACCGAUGGUGAGAUCAUAGUCCGCCAAGGUGAACCUGGCAACGACUUUUACAUCAUAGUGGAAGGAACAGCGGUAGUCCUACAGCAAAGGAGUGGACAGGGAGAAGGUUCAGCUGUUGAAGUAGGGAGAUUAGGUCCCUCAGACUAUUUUGGAGAAAUUGCACUUUUACUGGACAGGCCGAGAGCAGCAACUGUUCGCGCUGCAGGUUCUCUAAAAUGUGUGAAAUUGGACCGUGCAAGGUUUGAGAGAGUGCUGGGAUUGUGUGCUGACAUCCUGAAACGCAAUAUCGCACAAUACAACAGUUUUGUUUCACUGUCUGUCUAGCAUUGUGUUCAUCGUCGUGGCGAAAUUAGCAUAAUAAUAUCAAUAACUGUAUAGGUUAAGUGACGCGAUGAGUGAUGCCGUCGGUGUUAAGUACUUAUUUAAAAUAUUAUUCUAGGACUAAAUACACGUUACCGUCUUUUUAAGAUAUAUUGUAUUUAAAUAUUAUAAAUUCCUUGCCAGUAACGAUCUUACAAAAUUGUUUUCAUUGACCUGCCUGUGUAAUAGAUUAAUAGUAACUUAUUAAUGGAAAAGUGACGUCAUGCUGCAUUUCUCGAGUUUGAACAUCCGACAGGGACUGACUUAACAUUCGUCUGAAAUUGAUCAGUAAGUCAAAAGUGGCUGCUGACUUAAUUGUGUACGUGAAAAUUGUCAGCACUCAAAAAUAAGUAUUAUUCCUCUAAACUACUAUUUGACUUGACGUCGCGCUUCGGCGCCUGCUAAGUCGGCCAACAGGUUUUUAAUUUAUUGUUUCAACACCGGUAUGAAAAUGUUUUUUUUCGUGUUCUAAUAAAUUGUAUUAAUGAAUUAUAAGAUAUUUUCAUAAAACACGUUAUACCUAAUAAAUAGAGAGCGUGUGAGCAGAAUAAAACUGUAAGGGCUUUCAUAAUUUCAUUAUACCAUUUUACAACCGAA